GCGUCACUAGUAGGCGCCGUCGCCGCUACAGUCUCGAAGCGGCCCCGAGGAGCCACUUUUUCCCGUGAGUGGCCAUGAGUAAGCGGAACCAGGUGUCGUACGUGCAGCCAGCCGAGCCGGCGUUCCUGGCCCGCUUCAAAGAGCAGGUCGGCUACAGGGAAGGGCCCACCGUAGAGACCAAGAGAAUCCAGCCCCAGCUCCCAGAUGAAGAUGGUGAUCACAGUGACAAAGAAGAUGAACAGCCCCAAGUGGUGAUUUUAAAAAAGGGAGACCUGUCAGCUGAAGAAGUCAUGAAAAUUAAAGCAGAAAUAAAAGCUGCCAAAGCAGAUGAAGAACCAGCUUCCACUGAUGGAAGAAUCAUGUAUCGAAAACCAGUCAAGCGUUCCCCAGAUGAAAAAUAUUCAGGUUUAAGAGCAAGCUCAAAAAAGAAGAAGGCAAAUGAAGAUGAAAUAAAUACACAGGACUUAGUUAAAAAGAACUCACAAAAGCAAAUCAAAAACAGUAGUCUCCUUUCGUUUGAUAGUGGAGAUGAAAAUUAGUUAAGUGUAAACAUUUUGGACUUAGUCUUUAAGAGUAUAUGGGGUGUUUUUAAAAAUAAUAUUUUUUUCUAUUAUAAAGAUACUACAAAUUCAUUAUAAAAAACACACAAAAAAAUUUAGUAAGAUAAAAACUAUAUCCAUCCCUCAAUACACCUUUGACUUAAAAUGCUAACUCUAUAGACGUUAACUAUUAACAUGUUAUUUCCCAUGUGGGCGUGAUGUAUGUAAAUUAUAUUUUUUAAACAAAAUUGAGAUUGUAUUAUGUAUGUUCUCUUACCGCUUCUCACUUGACAUUAGAUUGUGAGCAUUUUUCCAGGUCGAUAAAAUUAAAAAACCUGACAUUAAUAGCUACAGAGGAUUUUGUAAUUAAACAGAUGCCCGUUGUACUUCAUUAGGAACCCACUUUGGGUGGGGAAGAUGAUCAUAUGCAUAGUUAUGAAUACUUCCCCAGCUCCUGCUAAGGGUAGUUGUAUGACAUCUCUGGCAAGUUAUGAGAUACAAGUGGGUCUUGUAUAAGUAAGGAUCUAAUGCAAGUGAUCUUGACACAAGUUAGAAUCUAAUGUAAACGCUUUAGUAAUAACUCUAAAAAAAGAGCAAUACAAGUGGAAGUCUGCUUAAUAAAGCUACUAGGUUUGUU